GGCUUUCGGCUCGGAGGAGGCAAAGGUGCAACUGUCUUCGGUCGUCCCGAAUCCGGGUUCAUCCGACACCAGCCACCUCCGCCAUGCCGCCUAAGUUCGACCCCAACGAGAUCAAAGUCGUGUACCUGAGGUGCACCAGUGGCGAGGUCGGUGCCACGUCUGCCCUGGCCCCGAAGAUCGGCCCGCUGGGUCUGUCUCCAAAAAAGGUUGGUGAUGACAUCGCCAAGGCAACCGGUGAUUGGAAGGGUCUAAGGAUUACUGUGAAACUGACCAUUCAGAACAGACAGGCCCAGAUUGAAGCGGUACCCUCUGCCUCUGCCCUGAUUAUCAAAGCCCUCAAGGAACCACCAAGAGACAGAAAGAAGCAGAAAAACAUUAAGCACAGUGGAAAUAUCACUUUUGAUGAGAUUGUCAAUAUUGUCCGACAGAUGCGACACCGAUCUUUAGCCAGAGAACUCUCUGGAACCAUUAAAGAGAUCCUGGGGAUGGCCCAGUCUGUGGGCUGCAAUGUUGAUGGCCGCCACCCUCAUGACAUCAUAGAUGACAUCAACAGUGGUGCAGUGGAAUGCCCAGCUAGUUAACUACAAAGGAAAAUAUUUCAAUAAAGGAUCAUUUGACAACCAAAAAAAAAAAAAAA